UAAUUAACAAUUAGAACCAUGAUUAAUUUGUUUAAAGUAAAGGAAAAGCAGAAAGAAGCAGCUGAAAAUGCAGAAGGAAAACAACAAAUUAAGGAGCAAACUGCAUCAAAAUUAAGGCUUCAUAGAGAUAUUAGUGAAUUAACAUUACCACCAAUUUGUACCAUUGAAUUUCCUAAUGGAAAAGAUGAUCUUAUGCAUUUUGAAGUCACAAUUAAACCAGAUGAAGGUUAUUAUACAGAUGGUACAUUUCCUUUUACUUUUGAAAUUCCAAUACUUUAUCCACAUGAUGCACCAAAAGUUAAGUGUAAAGUUAAAGUUUAUCAUCCAAAUAUUGAUUUAGAAGGAAAUGUUUGUCUUAAUAUUCUUAGAGAAGAUUGGAAACCUGUUUUGAAUAUUAAUGCAGUAAUUUAUGGUUUGAUUCAUUUGUUUACUGAACCAAAUCAUGAGGAUCCACUCAAUCAUGAAGCAGCUGAGGAAUUAAGAGACAAACCAAAGUCUUUUGAGCAAACUGUUGGUAGAACAAUGUGGGGAGGACACGUGCAUGACGUAUAUUUCGAUCGCGUUCUGUAAUUUUUCGAGGAAGAUACAGGAUUUUGAAGUUUAUGAGUUGGUAUAACGACGUAUGCAAAUUAAUAUUACAUGGGAUAAAUGGCCGAUACUAUGAAAGGAUUCCUUUUUUUUUUUUUUUUGGAUAUUAGAUAUUGUAACUGGUAUUCUUGUAAUCGUUUUAAUAGUUAUUUUAUUUUAUGGUUCAUAUUCUUGAUUGUUCAUUGCGUUCUGUAAUUUUUCGAGGCGGAUUUAGAAUUUUGAAGCUAAUGAGUUCCUACAACAAAGUCCUCAAGUUAAUAUUACAUGACGUAAAUGGCGAUACUACUGAAAGGAUUCAUUUUUGGAUAAUAGGUACUAUAACUAUUAUUCUUGUAAUCAAUUUAAUAUGUAUUUCUUUUA